CCUAUAAUACCAAACAAUCUUUGCUAAAUGUGACACAAUGAGAGCACAUCCAGCAUGGGUCGACAAAGUACAAGAAAAAUCAGACCAAUGUAUAUAUGACCUUUGUUUCAAUCCGGAUGGCACACAAUUAAUUGUUGCAUCUGGCCAUCAAGUUCUUGUAUACGAGACUAAUGAUGGUGCUUUAAUUCAACCAUUGAAAGGCCAUAAAGAUACAGUGUACUGUGUAUGUUAUGCGAAAGAUGGUAAAAAAUUUGCAUCAGGAAGUGCAGACAAAAGUGUCAUUAUUUGGACUUCUAAACUAGAAGGAAUAUUAAAAUAUUCACAUAAUGAAGCAGUACAGUCAAUGCAGUUCAAUCCUGUCUCACAUCAGCUUCUCAGCUGUUCACUCUCAGACAUUGCAUUUUGGUCUUCUGAACAGAAAGCUGUGCAGAAACACAAAUCUGGUGGUAGAGUUAAUUGUUGUGCGUGGACAAGAGACGGACAAUACUUAGCCCUUGGUCUUGCAGCUGGAUAUGUCUCCAUAAGAAAUAAAAAUGGCGAAGAAAAAUUGCGCAUUGACCGGCAAUCUGGAGUACCAAUCUGGAGUUUAUCAUGGAAUCCUUUACGGGAUGAAGGUAUAGACAUUCUUUGUAUUGCUGACUGGAAUGGAAUUAUCUCAUUUUACACUAUUGGAGGAGAAAGUGUCAAAAGGGAAAGAACGUUUAGUUUUAUACCAUUGAAAGUCACUCACUUCCCAGAAGGCCAGUAUCUUCUUGUUUGCGGUAGCAAUAAACAAUGCUUGUUAAUGACGUACGAUGGUAUACAAUUGGUUAGCGUUGGUAAUACUUUUUCAUCAUGGGUAUGGAGUUGUGCUGUUCAUCCAUCUGGCUCGCAUGUUGCACUCGGUUCGCAAGACGGAACCAUAACAUAUUUACAACUUUCGUGGAAUGUCGUGCACGGUCUGUAUGGAGACAAAUAUGCAUACAGAGAAAACAUGACCGAUGUAAUAAUACAGCAUUUAAUCACAAAUCAAAAAGUUAGAAUUAAAUGUAAAGAUCUGAUAUGCCGAAUCGCAGUGUAUCGGAACAGAUUAGCUGUACAAUUACCUGAGCGUGUAAUCAUUUAUGAACCAUCCACUACCAUCGACGGAAUGCAUUACAGAAUACGAGACAAGCUUAACCAGACGUUAAACUGCAAUUUGCUAGUUGUUACGUCGAAUCAUUUAGUAUUAUGCUUGGAAAGACGUCUGCAAAGUCUCUCAUUCGCUGGCAUAAUAGAAAGAGAAUGGAUACUUGACGGACUUAUCACUUACAUCAAAGUAGCAGGCGGUCCCGCCGGACAGGAGUGCUUGAUAGCUGGUUUAAAGACUGGGCACGUAAUGAAGAUAUAUCUCGACAAUCCGUUUCCCGCACACAUCGCGAAAAUCGAGGAUGCCGUGAGAUGUCUGGACAUCAGUUCCUUGAAGGAGAAGAUGGCAGUGGUCAGCGAAACUGGAAUUCUGUCCGUAUUUGACUUGUGCACCGGUGAGAAACUGCAGGAAUUCCAGGAUGUCAACAGCGUAGCGUUCAACAUCGCUUUCGAGGAUAUCAUGUGCUUUGCGGGCAAUAAUUAUCUCGCGAUAAAGGUCGCGAACUUUUCAGAAUACAGACAGAAGUUUUCCGGUUUCGUCGUCGGCCAUAACGGUUCAAAGCUGUAUUGCCUGAACGGUUCGUCUAUCAGUACAUUAGAGGUGCCAUUGUCGUUGUUUUUGUAUCAAUACUUAGACAUCGGGUUGUACAAUCACGCGUACGACAUAGCGUGUUUAGGCGUAGCCGAAUCGGACUGGCUCGCUUUGGGACUGGCGUGUUUAGACAAUUUGGAAUUAAACAUCGCGUAUUCGGCCUUCGCGCGGGUGAAGAAACUGCGCUACAUAGAAAUUGUAUCCGAGGUGGAGGAAAAAUUGAAAUCCGGCGAAUGGGGGCGAGAAGCUUGCAUGGCCACCGCCGCGGCCGCCAUGGGCAGACUUCGUGAUGCGGCGAAACUUUAUCAGAAAGCUGGUUUGCAGCAGUACGCUCUGGAUAUGUACUCCGACUUACGGAUGUUCGACAUCGCUCAAGAAUUUAUCGUCUCCGGCAACACACAAGAUCGUACAGUAUUGUUGCGACGGCGAGCGGAGUGGGCGAAGAGCUUGGGCGAGCCGCGUGCCGCAGCUGAAAUGUUUCUUUCCGCGGGAGACAUCGAUCGUGCUAUCAGUAUUAUCGCCGAAUACGGCUGGAUCGACAUGCUGAUCAAAGUAGGCAGGCAAUUGGAUAAGGCAGACAGAGAUAACUUAUCCAUGAUCGCGAAAAAACUUAAACAAUUGGGCGCUUCGCAUGGCGCAGCGGAGAUUUUUAGCAGACUGGGCGACGAUCCUGACGUCGCCGAUGUGCUUGUAGAUGCGCAAGCAUGGCCCGAGGCUUUCGAACUCGCGGAAAGAAAUCCCAAGUUGAAAUCACGGGUGUACGGACCGUACGCGCGAUGGUUGGCGGAGACCGGACGAUUUUCCGAGGCUCAAGAAGCGUUUCAAAUGGCUGGACAACCAGAAGAAUCCAUACUCGUGCUUACGAUGCUGGCUAAUAAUGCUGUGACAGAGAAAAGAUUUCGUGAUGCCUCUUACUUUUAUUGGCUCUUAUCGCAAUUGAGUCUAGAUUUGUCAAAGAGCGCGGACGAGAUCAAAGUGAUGUUUCUCAAUUAUUCCGACAAGGCGGAUAUCUAUUAUGCAUAUCACGAAGUGCACAAAUAUCUGGAAGAACCUUUUACGUCGCUGAUGCCGGAAGCGUUAUUUAACAUUUCGAGGUACUUGCUCAUGAAGACGCAAAGUAAGCGCCUGGCCGGCGUCUCGAAGCUUACAAUAAUGUACAGCCUCAUGAAACAAGCUCGAAUAUUAGGAGCCAAUAAGCUGGUCAUGCAGCUGUUGGACCAGUUACGCGCGAUGAAGAUUCCCGCGAAUCUCCUAGCGCAAGUGGAAACAUCGACUCUGGCUGCCAGAUCUUAUCCAUAUCGCGAUCCAGAAGAGUUACUGCCUCUCUGCUACAAAUGCUCCACGUUCAAUCCGUUAUUACCGACGAACAAUGUUUCUGGCAGCAAUUGCACGCAAUGCGGAUUGAAGUUCCAACAUUCCUUCGUCAUGUUCGAAAUCCUGCCGUUAGUGGAAUUUGACUUAGAAGAUGACAUCACCGACGAGGAAGCGGAAAAAUUGAUAGAAGAACCAUUACCUUCACCCGAUGAUCUUGCAGUUAGUGAUCAGUUCACCGUGACUUCCAAUGAGACUGAUCUUUUCACCGCUCGUUUGAUGAGAUACGAGGAAAAAUCCAGUAAUUCUACAAUAACAGUAGGAAGGGGAGUGUUGAAGAGUAUGGAUCCGUCCACAGUAAUAAUUAUUAAGUGGCCUAAGCCCUUUAAGACUAGAUAUUUCAGAAAUCUUUUACCUGAUCUCCAAGUCAGCUUAUGCAAGUGCUGUUUAAAGUUGUUUCAUUCGGAUGAUUAUGAAUUGGCACUGUUACGGCACGGACACUGUCCAUUCUGCCGCGCGCCGAACGCAACAGCAGGUUGAGAAGUAUCGAAAUAUCCGAUUAGAAAUGUGUUAUAGAUCUCAUAUACUUAUAUUGACUUGUUAGAAAUAUUUUAUCGCGCUAUUUUUAUUUACAACUGUUACGAUCUUGUACAACAUUAUCAUGACAAUAUAUACAAAUGUUUUUGUA